UAGGAGGGAGAAAAAAAGAACAUUUAAAGCACUGGCUGUGGUCAGAGAGCAAAGAUUACGGGGAAAGCAGAGGGACAUGCAGGAAUGAGGUGAUAGAUUCAUGCAUAGAGAGAGGCACUGAGGACAGGGAGUUACAAAGAUUCUCACAGACAAAUCUUAAAGCUAAUUAAAGGCGAGAGAUUCAGACUGCACAGUGAGAUUGCAAUGUCUUUGAAAACAAAACCAGGCAUUAUGGAAGCCAGGCCAGGGUCAACGCUGAGUAUCAUUAGGAGUAAGAGAGUAAUAACUGGCAAUGGCAUCUCUCCUGCUGAUAUCAUCAUCUGUGAUGGCAAGAUAACUAGUGUAUUACCUUGGGGAAGACAGCUCCCAAACACUGGGACACAGUUGCUGGAUGUUGGGGACCUUGUGGUCAUGGCUGGCAUCAUUGACCCACAUGUACAUGUUAAUGAGCCUGGGCGUACUGACUGGGAGGGUUAUCGGACUGCCACACUGGCUGCUGCUGCUGGAGGAAUCACUACCAUUGUUGAUAUGCCACUAAACAGUCUCCCUCCUACCACAUCUGUAAGCAAUUUUAACACCAAGCUUCAGGCUGCUGAAGGACAAUGCUACGUGGAUGUGGCAUUUUGGGGAGGAGUCAUUCCCGAUAAUCAGGUGGAGCUUGUGCCGAUGCUACAUGCUGGGGUGCCUGGAUUCAAGUGCUUCCUUAUCAACAGUGGAGUACCAGAGUUUCCUCAUGUCAGUCUAAUGGAUCUGCACACGGCCAUGGCUGAGUUACAGGGGACCAACAGUGUUCUACUGUUUCACGCGGAACUUCAAGAAUCAAAAGGUUCCCCAGUUACUGGAGACCCUACACUGUAUGAAACAUUCCUUUCCUCGCGCCCAGACCGCAUGGAAGUUGCGGCAGUAGAACUGGUGGCUGAUCUCUGCCUUCAGUACAAAGUACGCUGUCAUAUUGUGCACCUCUCAUCUGAGCGAUCACUUCCCAUUAUCAGACGAGCAAAAAAGGCUGGUGCGCCCAUCACUGUAGAGACCACUCACCAUUACCUAACACUGAGCGCUGAGCACAUUCCCCCUGGUGCCACAUACUACAAAUGCUGCCCGCCUGUGAGAGGACAAAGCAACAAGGAGGCACUAUGGAAUGCACUUUUACAGGGUGAAAUAGACAUGGUGGUGUCUGACCAUUCACCGUGUACAGCAGACCUCAAACUCCUGAAAGAGGGUGAUUUCCUGAAAGCCUGGGGAGGGAUUUCUUCCUUACAGCUUGGGCUGUCUCUUUUCUGGAGUUCUGCGAAGGUGCGGGGGUUCUCCCUGCCAGAUGUGUCUCGCUUGUUGUGCAGCAACCCAGCCAAACUGUGUAGCCUUGACAAUCGCAAGGGGUCCAUCAAACAGGGAUAUGAUGCUGACCUGGUCAUCUGGGACCCUGACAGUGAAUUUCAGGUGCAAGCGAAGAAUAUUUAUCAUAAGAACAAGCUGACCCCGUAUCUGGGAUUUCUUCUUUGGGGAGAAGUUGUGGCAACUGUUGUUCAAGGGACUCUGGUUUAUCACAAGGGCAAACAUUGUCCAAAGCCCACCGGAAAGCAGCUUCUCAUUCACACUGUGGACCCUCCAGAACCUAGUGCACCUUACUACUAAGGAGAGCGUACCAAAUAUCCAAUCUACCCCAUGUACUACAGAAGGACAUAAUACGUCUUAAACUGAUCCAUAGAUAAAAUUGGGAAGCAAUAUGUGGUUGCUUGAUCUUACCUGAAUAUGUAUUUUGGGUAUUAAAUGGUCAACAUGAUAAAUGGCAUUACUGUGAAUAAAAAAAUAAAAUGACAAAACCAU